UCGGUAGGUGUCGACCAGUCGCAAAACAAUAAAAAUAUUACGAAUUCCGAUAAAAGUGUAUGUACAUAUAUGCACACAUAUCGAUAGGUUGACUGUUUUGUUAAAUAAUAAAGUAUGCUUGAUAGAAUCUUUCCGAUAUCGCGCGUUUCCAGCUGGAUUAAACGCGGAUCAAAUUGACCCACACACUUGUGUAAUAUGUGUGUAAAAUAUCACAAUAUAACCUCGCUAGUAUGACAACACGAAGCAUGGCCCAACCACCCUUUGCUCGCGCACGAAGGUAGAGGAUGGAUCACGAGGACGAGUUUCUUAAUACUUUCUUCACGUUAGUCGCACAGCUGUGCUCCGAUAAGGCUAAAGAGUCAGUUGAAAAAGAGAGGGAAUCAUGCAAGCAGAUGCAAAUGGGUCCAUGGGGAAUGCUUUUAAUGCAUUUACCACAAAUAGCUGUAGCAGAGCGUUCUUAUGCAGAUUUAGGUUUUCUUCAUACAAAAAAUAAAGGCUUUCUUAGAAAAGAUAAUUCCUUAAAAACUGUAUAUGAAUCAUUGAAGUCUGAUUUAAAGAGGCUGGAGGAAGUGACCAGAGGGACAAACUCCAUUGGCGCGACAGUUGCAAACGUUUCCAACCAACUCUGCCAAUUCAUCAUGGCAAGAAUCCAGCUGAUAGAUUUCUAUGAGAAGAUGUACAAUAUGAGUGUAAAUGGUAAAGUUAUGAAGCAUCAAGAAUUACUACAAUAUAUAGAAGGAAUAGUAGAAUGGCAUUUGUUAUCUUGUUCCCAUUUAGCACUUGCUGCUAUUAAGACAGGUUUAACGUUGGAAUGCGAAAUAUUAGUACAAUUAAUGAAGGCCCAGGUAGAAGUACAAAACUGGAGAUUUCUACCAACACUGAUGGCUCUCUAUGGUGCACAAACACGAAUGUCAGCCUGGGAAAGGACUUUGCAGAGUAAAGAGUCCUGGAAAUUAGGCUUUGGAGCAACCUUUCUUAAAGCAAAUCAACAACCAGCAUUGUAUCAGUGGUUGGUGAAACUUCGCAGUGCCAUAUUAGCUAAGUGUUCUUUGUAUUUUCACACUACUCUAAGCCAACAAGCUAGUCCUGGAGAAAUGAGGAGUAUCAUGAGCAAGCAGAAUGGAGAUUACUAUCACAAAAUGCAGACUUUUCAGCGAAAGCAUGACGUACUAGCGGUACUAAUAAUUUUCGACUCCAGAGGAACUGAAGACUCAGGCUCGGGAUACAGACAUCCGGCACGAGUAGCAGAUAUAUCCGAAAGUUUUCCCGUCGUCGUUUGUUGUCCCAGUACAUUCACGCAAAAACGAUCGGUACAUUUGGAUAAUAUACAGACGAAGAUAAAAGAACGUCAGUCGGAACUUCUUGCUAUGGACAAAGUCAUUUACUAUAAAAGCAUGAAGGAUCUGUGUACGUACGCUUUCCACAACACCGAUCCCCGAAUGACUCUUGUGGUUGUGCUCGAGAAUGGAAAACAAAGAGACAAAGAAACUCACAUUACGUCGUUCUUGACGGAUUUAUCCAUGCAUAUCAGGUGUAAUAAAGUAUACGAGUGUCUGAAAUUAUCAAAAUGAGUGAUCGUACGUGAAAGCGUAUCUAUAAAACAAAAAGAGGGGAAAAGAAACCAUCAGACGGUACCAAAGACCUGAAUAUAUUAUAAUCGAAAAUUGAUUAAUGAAAAUUUAUGACACACAUAUAUAUAUAUAUAGUUGUAUAAAAUUAUAAAUAAAGUGUAUAUUAUCGUUUAUAUUAA